UUUGCUUGUUUUGGUAUGUUGAGAGAUGCUAUAAAAGGAGCAGUCCCAGUCCAGAUAGAGAACACAUUCUGAAGACAUUGUAUCCUUGCAUCUAGCUGAAUACCUGCAAAAAAUGGCUUCCUUCAAGUUAUCAGUGAUUGCCUUAUUGGCCAUUGGGCUUUACCUGGACACGGUCUGUGCUGCUUCUAUAACCUUGGAAGAAGAAGCUGAGAUAAUAGUGAACAGUACAAUAACUGACCUUACAGAAUCAACUUCUGCGAUUCUAAGCAGUGACGCUGCGGUCGAUUUGGAACAAUUGAUUGAGGAAAUUAACAACACUGCAGCGAUGAAAGAGCUUGAUGCACAAAUUGUUGAACUUCUAAACAGUGACGCUGUGGUUGAAUUGGAACAAAAGGAUGCGGAAUUUCUAAACAGUUCAGUGGUGACUGACGUUUAUGAUGCAGUUGCCAAACUUGUAAACAGUACAGCUAUGGCUGAACUAGGAGAAGCACUCCAGGCAGUUCUGGAAAGUCCAGAUAUGGAAAAGAUUUCUACAGCAUUGGAGAAUAUUCUGGAAUCGGACGAUUUUGCUUCUCUACGUGUUGCAUUGAAAGUGGCUUCUGACCAGGAGGAGAGUGCAUUUGUCACCGAAGAAGACGCUGAAUUAUCUCCUUCUCUUAAGGGAUUUGCACAGUGCUUGGAAUCUUCUGCUCAGUAGUGGCUUUUGGUCCACUUCCUACAGAGGUGCACUCUCCUUGCUACCUCGGAACGCAUCUUUCAAGCAUCUCCACGGUGAACAGGAACCAAAUGCUGUGAUGUUCUUUUUCUCUUCUCAAGAUAACUGAAAAGUGAUCAACCUUAAAAUAAAAACUUUCUUGCAUUCAA